AUGUCUGCGUUCUGGGCUGUCUUCCUCCUCUGCAGCCUGCUGACCCCUUCACGAGGACUUGGAAUCAUGUCCUCGGUUGCCAAAGUGCAUGUAGAUGAUUCACUAGCCAAACGUGACCUCCAGAAGCUUCCAGGUGGUCUCCUUGGCGGCGGUCUACUCAAUGGUGCCGUUGGCAGUCUCCUUGGCGGAGAUGGUGCCGUUGGCAGUCUCCUUGGCGGAGAUGGUGCCGUUGGCAGUCUCCUUGGCGGAGAUGGUGCCGUUGGCAGUCUCCUUGGCGGAGAUGGUGCCGUUGGCAGUCUCCUUGGAGGAGAUGGUGCUGUUGGCAGUCUCCUUGGUGGAGAUGGUGCCGUUGGCAGUCUCCUCAGCAAAGACGGUGCCGUUCGCAGUCUUCUCAGCAAAGAUGGUGCUGUUGGCAGUCUCAUCGGCGGAGAUGGUGCUGUUGGCAGUCUCCUUGACAGAGAUGGUGUCCUUGGUGGUCUCCUGGGCAAAGAUGGUCUUGUUGAUGGUCUCCUUGAUGCUGUCCUUGAUAUUCUCAUCGGCAAAGAUGGUCUCCUUGGCAAAGAUGGUCUCGUUGGCAAUCUUCUUGGGGGAAAUGGUGGAGAUCUCACAGGGAUGAAAAUUGUGAAUAACACCCUCCCCAAAAUAAGUCUACACCCCCUGCCAGGCUUUGGGCACCAGGUGGGCUUCAACACCCAGCUGCUGAUAGAGACCACCAGUGCGCCGGGCAAGGCACUCUGUGUGCAGGUGGAAGCAGAUGUGGUCAUGCUGGUCCAGGACAAGUGGGUGGCUCCCCAGAAGAAUAAGGACUGCAAGACUUUGGACAUAAACAUCCGUGUGAGACCCAAAGUGCCACUUCUGGAUCAGCCGUUAAAACGCCUCCUUAGUGAUGUCCUGCGCGAGGCGGGGUGCGACAUCGUCAACAGCAGGCUCAACGUGGUGAGCACUCUGCUCGGCUCCAGGACCCCCGCGCUCCCGCUCGGGGCCCUGGGAGAUCUGCCUCCCUUUUCCAUCAUCAGUGGUGAUGCUAUCCAGCUGGAUUUAAACGGCGCCCAGUGCGACCGCAGCCCUCCAAGCCCCACCAACAUCCCUGCCCUGCUCUGUCCCCUGCAGCUCCUCGUUGGGGACACGGAGGGCAGCGUGGGGGCCUCCGCGCAGGGAUUGCCACUCGCCGCCACCCUGCUGCUGGCCACCGGCCACCCGCCGCGGCUCAGCCUCUCCCAGCGCACCCUCGGCGUCCUGCUGAAGUCGGUCCAGGGGCAGGGAGCCUUCAACCUCAGCAUCACCAACUCGAUGGUGCCUGAUAGCGUCUCGCUGUCCACGGCUGCCCUUUUCCCGCUCGUCCCCCAGCUCGCCAAGAUCCUCCCCAGCUCUCUGCCGCUGGAGCUGCGCGUGCAGGUGGCCAACGAGCCGGUGGUGGCUGUGAGGGGCAGAAGAGCCACCGCCACCCUCAAAGCCUCCAUCGACAUCUUCAGCCCCCCCCUGCAGUCCUCCCACAAGCCGCUCUUCUCCCUUGACACGGACAUCGUUCUGAACAUCAUCCCGUCAGUCUCCGACGGCAAACUGCAAACCUCCCUGGCUCUCGACAGCAUCAACCUGACACAGGCACCCCUGAGACUCAACCCUCUCAGCGUCUCCCCGCUUGCAGGAUGGCUCAAGCAAGUCCUUGCGGCUACAUACGUACCGGCCAUUAACGAUGCCUUGCACGUGUCGGUGCCUCUGCCCGAGGUUCUCAACACCAGCCUCAGGAACACCAAGGUUGACGUCACUGCUAAGCGCAGCUUGAAGAGGAGGCUGUACCUAUAG